AACUGUCUCCGCGUGGCGCGAGCCUGGAGCCUCGCUCUUUCCCCGGCGGCGGCGGCGGCGGCGGCGGGGCCAGGCAGGGAGUGGCUGCGAGCGGCGGCGGGCUCCAUGGAGAGCGGUGGGCGCCCGAGCAGAGGCGGCGCUUCCACCGCUGCGCCCCGGCUGCGCUGACCCGCGCUCCGGCCCGCGUCGCGCCGUCCGUGUCCGUGCCCGCGUCCGUGUCCCCGCCGGCGCCCGAGCGCCGUGACUGUCCUCGGCCCGACUCCCCGGCGGGGUGGCGGCGGCCGGGUCCCCACGGUGGCGGCCGGAGCAGCGGCAGCAGGAGCCCGGCUCCAGGAUGAAGUUCAAGCCCAACCAGACGCGGACGUACGACCGCGAGGGCUUUAAGAAGCGGGCGGCCUGCCUGUGCUUCCGCAGCGAGCAGGAGGACGAGGUGCUGUUGGUGAGUAGCAGUCGCUACCCAGACCAGUGGAUUGUCCCAGGAGGAGGGCUGGAGCCAGAGGAGGAGCCUGGCGGUGCGGCUGUGAGGGAAGUAUAUGAAGAGGCUGGAGUCAAAGGAAAAUUGGGCAGACUCUUGGGAAUAUUCGAGCAGAAUCAAGACCGGAAGCACAGGACAUACGUUUAUGUUCUGACAGUCACUGAAAUAUUGGAAGACUGGGAAGAUUCUGUUAAUAUUGGAAGGAAGAGAGAGUGGUUCAAAGUAGAAGAUGCUAUCAAGGUCCUCCAGUGUCAUAAGCCUGUCCAUGCAGAGUACCUGGAAAAACUAAAGCUGGGGUGUUCUCCAACCAAUGGAAAUCCCACGGUCCCUUCCCUGCCAGAUAACAAUGCCUUGUUUGUGACUGCUGCACAGCCUUCUGGGGUGUCAUCCAGUAUAAGAUAGAGCUGGGAACCCUCCCCACACCGUGUCAUGUCACAGGGAGAGGCUUUUUUUUUUUUUUUUUUUUUUUUAAACUUCUGACACAUCUGACUGCUGAUGGCAAACUGAAUUUGCCGUGUGCAGGGAUUUCAAAUAAUUUGCAUGCAUUUCAGAUGCUUUUCAAGUCUUUUAAACAACAAAAUAGCAUAAAAAUAUUUCCAGAUGCCAAAGCCAUGUGGGAUUUUUUUUUGAGCCUUAUAAUCCUUCUGCCCCAUUACUUUGAGUUUCAUUUUGUAAUGAUCCCCCUCCCCCUCGUCUGCUUGACAUCAUUCUGUGGUUUAUUUUGCCAAGUCAAAUAAGUUGUUGGGUGAUAUUUUCACAUGCGCCCCCCCUCUUUAUUUCUCUUUCAGUAUCAAAUAGCCACCAGAUCUUUGUGUUGGGAAUUAUUGAAAAGAUUGUCGGUAUUUAAAGGAAAUAUAUUUACCCCAGAACUUGUGUAAGAGGGUCGCAGUCUCCCUUGUAAACUGCAUUUGGGCUGGUUUCUUUGCUAUGGUCCUGUAGCCUUUGGUGACAAAGUACUGCAGUUCACUGUUUCCAACAAGUUGAGUGUUCACAGCCAGUAUGUCACUGUUGACCUAUUAGGACUGUUUCCCCUCUGACACAGUAGUGAUUCAAUGUAAAACAUAGCAAGGUCUCAUUUUAGGGAAAUACUGUCAGCAACUCGCAUGUGGUUUGAGUGCCUCUCAUCCUGAAAACGGUGUUUAUAGAAGUUCAUUUAGCAUGCUCAGUUGCCAGUUAUCUUUAUAAUCCUUUUAACAUAGAAUAUACGAAGGCCACAUUUCUCUCUAUGAAGACUACUCUUAAAAAAUCCAUUUUUAGUUUCUGAUCUCAUGACAUCUGUUCACUUAAACAGUCAGGUUACCGCAGGGUUAGAAUCUCUAGCCUUCAUUUCUAGUCAGUGCUGACUGCAUCACAGCUAAAGAACAUAGCCAUUCCUGUUCAGCUAUUCCAGGCCUAAGUAAGGCAGAGGGCACAUUUAACUAUCUCCCACUUUCCAAGUCUAAAGUUAACUGUGGGGAAGCUGGAACAUGUGAGCCAAGUUAUUACACCUUGUCUUCGCUCAAAAUGGGCAUCCUGUGAAAGUGCCUGGUGCGAAACUCCUUUACGCAUGAGGUCAGAAGUGCAGGGGGAGGGGAAAGCCUUCCACAGAUGUGGGAAGAGGAAGAGAUGGAUCUUUAUGUAGCCAUUGUUAACCUUUUGUAAAUACUCUUAACUGGCAAGCUUAAAACAGGAAGUACAUUGAGACAUUUGUUCUGUAACUUGUUAACCUUUAAAAUGUAAUUGCAGCUGAAAAUGGUCCUUGGAUGUAAAGAAAACUGGUUUUAAAAAUGAGAUCUUGUGCCAUAAAUGCAGCAGAACUAAAUAAAAAUGUUAGUUUACAAAUUAA